AUGAGGGCGAGAGCACGGCGUGGGGGGCGGCCAGACAGAGCGAGCGAGGAGGAGGAGGAGGAGGACGCCGAGGAGGAGGAAGGAGGAGGCAAAGAAAAGAAGCGGCGGCGGCGGAGGAGGAGGAGGAGGGAGCGAGGAGGCGCGCGGCCCCCCGCUCCCUCCCUCCCCCCCUGACCCCCGACCCCCGCCGGCCGGCCCCCCGCCCCAGCCCCGGAGGGAGCUCAUGGGAGUAUGAAGGAGAUGGUAGGAGGCUGCUGCGUAUGUUCGGACGAGAGGGGCUGGGCCGAGAAUCCGCUGGUCUACUGUGAUGGGCACGCGUGCAGCGUGGCUGUCCACCAAGCUUGCUAUGGCAUCGUCCAGGUGCCAACAGGACCCUGGUUCUGCAGGAAAUGUGAAUCUCAGGAGCGAGCAGCCAGGGUGAGGUGUGAGCUGUGCCCACACAAAGAUGGGGCAUUGAAGAGGACUGACAAUGGAGGCUGGGCCCACGUGGUGUGUGCCCUCUACAUCCCUGAGGUGCAGUUUGCCAACGUGCUCACCAUGGAGCCCAUCGUGCUGCAGUACGUGCCUCAUGAUCGCUUCAACAAGACAUGUUACAUCUGUGAGGAGCAGGGCCGGGAGAGCAAGGCAGCCUCAGGAGCUUGCAUGACCUGUAACCGCCACGGAUGUCGACAAGCUUUCCAUGUCACCUGUGCCCAAAUGGCAGGCCUGCUGUGUGAGGAGGAAGUGCUGGAGGUCGACAAUGUCAAGUACUGUGGCUAUUGCAAAUACCACUUCAGCAAAAUGAAGACAUCCCGGCACACGAGCGGGGGAGGCAGCGGAGGAGGGGGAGGCACAGGGGGAGGCGGGAGCGGCUUCAUCGCGGGCCGGAGGAGCAGGUCGGCCUCACCAUCCACGCAGCAGGAGAAGCACCCUUCCCACCACGAGCGGGGCCAGAAGAAGAGUCGAAAGGACAAAGAACGCCUUAAACAGAAGCACAAGAAGCGGCCUGAGUCACCCCCCAGCAUCCUCACCCCACCUGUGGUCCCCACUGCUGACAAGGUCUCCUCCUCAGCUUCCUCCUCCUCCCACCACGAGGCCAGCACUCAGGAGACUUCUGAAAGCAGCAGGGACUCAAAGGGGAAAAAGUCUUCCAGCCAUGGCCUGAGUCACAAGGGGAAGAAGCUGAGCAGUGGGAAAGGUGUGAGCAGCUUUACCUCCGCCUCCUCCUCCUCUUCUUCCUCCUCUUCCUCCUCCUCUGGGGGGCCCUUCCAGCCUGCAGUUUCGUCCCUGCAGAGCUCCCCUGACUUCUCUGCAUUCCCCAAGUUGGAGCAGCCAGAGGAGGACAAGUACUCCAAGCCCGCAGCGCGCCCCCCUUCAGCUCCUCCCUCUCCCUCAGCCCCCGAGCCCCCCAAGGCUGACCUCUUUGAGCAGAAGGUGGUCUUCUCUGGCUUUGGGCCCAUCAUGCGCUUCUCCACCACCACCUCCAGCUCGGGCCGGGCCCGGGCCCCGUCCCCCGGGGACUAUAAGUCACCCCACGUCUCGGGGUCCGGGGCCUCAGCAGGCACCCACAAGCGGAUGCCCACACUGAGCGCCGCCCCUGUGCCUGCUGAGGAGGCCCCUGAGACAGGCCUGAAGGAGAAGAAGCACAAAGCCAGCAAGAGGAGCCGACACGGGCCAGGCCGUCCCAAGGGCAGCCGCAGCAAGGAGGGCACCGGGGGCCCGGCCCUUCCCCCCCUGCCCGGUGCCCAGCGGGCUGGCUUCACCGCCACUGCUGCCUCACCCUUCUCCGGAGGUUCCCUUGUCAGCUCUGGCCUGGGAGGUCUGGCCUCCCGUACCUUUGGGCCUUCCGGGAGCCUGCCCAGCCUGAGCCUGGAGUCCCCACUGCUGGGGGCAGGCAUCUACACCAGUAAUAAGGACCCCAUCUCCCACGGUGGUGGAAUGCUGCGGGCUGUCUGCAGCACCCCCCUCUCCUCCAGCCUUCUGGGGCCCCCAGGGACCUCGGCCUUGCCCCGCCUCAGCCGCUCCCCAUUCACCAGCACCCUCCCUUCCUCCUCUGCUUCUAUCUCCACCACUCAGGUGUUUUCUCUGGCUGGCUCCACCUUUAGUCUCCCUUCUACCCACAUCUUUGGAACCCCCAUGGGUGCCGUUAACCCCCUCCUCACCCAAGCCGAGAGCAGCCACACAGAGCCAGACCUGGAGGACUGCAGCUUCCGAUGUCGGGGGACCUCCCCCCAGGAGAGUCUGUCUUCCAUGUCCCCCAUCAGCAGUCUCCCGGCACUCUUCGACCAGACAGCACCCUGCGGGGGCGGCCAGUUGGACCCAGCGGCCCCCGGAACGACUAACAUGGAGCAGCUGCUGGAGAAGCAGGGCGAUGGCGAGGCCGGAGUCAACAUCGUGGAGAUGCUGAAGGCGCUGCAUGCACUGCAGAAGGAAAACCAGAGGCUUCAGGAGCAGAUCCUGAGCCUUACUGCCAAGAAGGAGCGACUGCAGAUUCUCAACGUGCAGCUCUCUGUGCCCUUUGCCGCCCUGCCUGCCGCCCUGCCUGCCACCAACGGCCCUGUCCCUGGGCCCUAUGGCCUGCCUCCCCAAGCCGGCAGCAGCGAUUCCUUGAGCACCAGCAAGAGCCCUCCGGGGAAGAACAGUCUGGGCCUGGACAACUCGCUGUCCACGUCUUCCGAGGACCCACACUCAGGCUGCCCAAGCCGCAGCAGCUCGUCGCUGUCCUUCCACAGCACGCCCCCACCGCUGCCCCUGCUCCAGCAGAGCCCUGCUACUCUGCCCCUGGCCCUGCCUGGGGGCCCUGCCCCGCUCCCGCCCCAGCCACAGAAUGGGCUAGGCCGGGCACCCGGGGCAGCGGGGCUGGGGGCUAUGCCCCUGGCUGAGGGGCUGCUGGGGGGGCUGGCGGGCAGCGGGGCCCUGCCCCUCAAUGGGCUCCUGGGGGGGUUGAAUGGGGCUGCCGCCCCCAACCCCGCGGGCUUGAGCCAGGCUGGCGGGGCCCCUGCGCUGCAGCUGCCAGGUUGUCUCAACAGCCUCACCGAGCAGCAGCGACACCUCCUGCAGCAGCAAGAGCAGCAGCUCCAGCAGCUCCAGCAGCUCCUGGCGUCCCCACAGCUGACCCCGGAACACCAGACUGUUGUCUACCAGAUGAUCCAGCAGAUCCAGCAGAAGCGGGAGCUGCAGCGGCUGCAGAUGGCCGGGGGCUCCCAGUUGCCCAUGGCCAGCCUGCUGGCCGGGAGCUCCACCCCGCUGCUGUCCGCGGGCACUCCUGGCCUGCUGCCCACAGCAUCUGCCCCACCUCUGCUGCCCGCCGGAGCCCUGGUGGCUCCCUCGCUCGGCAACAACACAAGUCUCAUGGCCGCAGCAGCUGCGGCCGCAGCAGUAGCAGCAGCAGGCGGACCUCCAGUCCUCACUGCCCAGACCAACCCCUUCCUCAGCCUGUCGGGGGCGGAUGGCAGUGGCAGUGGCCCCAAAGGAGGGACUGCUGACAAAGGAGCCUCAGCCAACCAGGAAAAAGGCUAAAUCCACCCGUGCUCCUGCUGACCCCCCAAGUGGAGGGGCAGAUCCUGGUCUGAGGGGUCCCAGCCUGGAGCGGGCACCUGCACCCAGACACUGGAGAGCCCCGUCCCAGAGCACGUGCUGAGGCCCGGGGAGUGGGGGGCGCUUCUGGUGCCGAGGACUGAGACCGAGAGGGGAGCCCCUUCCAUCUGGCCCCCCUCCCCCUCUGCACUGGCCCCUUUGUGAGGGGCUCAGAAGGAGGACAGGCUCCAAGCCCGCCUAGGAGCCCCUACUCUCAGCGAAUGUUUUGAGGUUCCCCAGAGAGCAAAGUGGGCCAUGGCAUAGGUGGGGGGUUCGUUGAACCCCCCACGUAAAAUGGAUUAGCACUUGAGUGGGAUACGUGGGGGGCUAGGCCCUGGGCCUGCCCCUGUGCGGAAGUCUUUUAUGGAAGAAGGCGUGGCCCUACUUGACCUGCAGUUUCUUCCCACCUUGGGCAGAUGGCAAGAGGGCUUCCUUGGACUGUUUCUCGCUGGGCCCCUUCCCCUGCCCCCGACAAGGGUCACAAGCUGAGCUUGUAAAAGCCCACAGACUAGGGGGCCGAAGGAGGGGUAGGCUGGCAUCAAAUUUGGCCCAAGCCUCCCUCCCUCUGGGGGGUGGGCCCCAGUGAUGGGCUGGGGGAAGGCAGGGGGUGGGCGGCCCAGCCCCCUCGAUCCCCUGCCCCUUGUUUGCACUAUUGGAUUUAGGAGUGCCGAGGGUGGGGAGAUGGAGCUGCCUGACUCAGAGAGCGUGUAUGCGUGUGCGUGUGUCUGUCCGUCUGUCUGUCUGUCUACCGCUGGAGCCCGAGCAGCUGAGGGCAGGGACAGGAGCAGCGCUCUGAUGAGGCGGUAUCACAGGGGCGCUCCCAGCUCUUGUUUGCACCCUCUCACCUCACCAACUUUGGUCUCUCUCUGGGGCCCGAAUGGUUAACAGAAACCAGAACCUUACUCCGAUAUUGGAGAGUAACUGGGGGCUGGGGGCUUUGAAUCAGGGUAAUAUCCUGCCUUUCCUCCCCCAGACUCCACAUGGUCUCCGUGCCCCCUCAGCGCUCCCGUUCCCCCACUGAUACUUGGUCCUGCUUGCCUGGCAAAGGGGAGCCCCAGGGAUUGGGGGACGAGGCAAGGGGGGUAAAGUGCCACUUCUUUCAGUGAAACCUUCCUCCCAGGAUUAGCCAGCCUGCCUUCCCGCACCCCACCCCCACCCACCAGGGGAGACUUAAGCUUACGCUGACCUACAACUGUCCCUUCACCCACCAGCUAUUUCCCCGGGGUGUAGUGGGCAAUUCUCACCUUAAAGAGUCCCCACCUGCCCAGAGCCUUUGGUGGCCGAGGUUGAGGGCCGGUGGGACAGCCAGGAGAGGGGCGAGGUUGAAGCCUGUGUCUGUGUCGGGUGCACUGGGGUCGGAGCCAGGAGGAGCGUGGCCAGCUUCCCUGAUGACCACGUCUAGUCAGUCUCUUUGCAUGUGUGGGUUUGUGUGUGUGUGUGUGUGUGUGUGUGUGUGUGUUUCUGUUUGGGUUUUUGUUGUUGCUGGUUUGGUUUUGUUUUUUAAAUAAAGAAAAGAAGAUGUGUAUAUUUUUGGCAAUGACAGAAACGUAGUGCAGAUAUAUUUUUGCCUGUGCUGCUCAACUGGUUUUUUUCUGAUACUGAAAAUAAUAUUAAUAUUCCUGUUGAUAAGACUUUGUAAGAUGUUAGGGAGCUGAUAA